GUCUGCAGGAAAGGCGGCGCAGAGACUGGGGCUGGGCCCCGAGAGGGUCCAUCAUGUGGGGAACCAAAUUCUAGGGUCCCUGGAGCCGGAGGCCAGGGCGUGAAGUCAGGGUUGAGUGGGCGGAAGAGAGCCUGGGUUGAGACAUGGCUACUGAUUACCAAGCAGGGCACAUGCAACUGCCCAGAGCUGAUGCCAUUCGUUCACGUCUCAUCGAUACUUUCUCUCUUAUCCAGCAUUUGCAAGGCUUAAGCCAAGCUGUGCCACGGCAUACUCUCCGGGAGAUACUUGAUCCUUCCCUUCAGAAGAAACUUUUGCUGGGAGAUCAGCAUCAGCUAGUGCGAUUCUCCAUAAAGCCUCGACAUGUAGGACGGAUUUCACAUGCCCAGCGAAUGUUGAGCAGGCUUCGUGUGCGCUGCAGUCAGAGGCCACCUCUUUCCUUGUGGGCUGGAUGGGUUCUUGAGAGUUCUCUCUUCACAAAUUUCGUCAUCUUCCUCAUCUUCCUGAAUACAAUCGUACUCAUGGUUGAAAUAGAAUUGCUAGAAUCCACAAAUACCAAACUGUGGCCAUGGAAGCUGACUAUGGAGGUGGCAGCCUGGUUUAUCUUGUUUAUUUUCAUCUUAGAGAUCCUUCUUAUGUGGCUAUCAAGCUUUUUCCUCUUCUGGAAGAAUGCCUGGAAUGUAUUUGACUUUAUUGUUACCAUAUUGUCUUUGCUUCCUGAAAUUGUGGUGCUGGGAGGGGUAACAGGUCAAUCUGUGUGGCUCCAACUGCUGAGGAUCUGCCGGGUGCUGAGGUCUCUCAAACUCUUUGCACGAUUCCGUCAAAUUCGAGUUAUUAUUUUGGCCCUGGUCAGGGCCCUCAAGAGCAUGACCUUCCUCUUGAUGCUGCUGCUCAUCUUCUUCUACAUUUUUGCUGUGACUGGUGUCUACUUCUUUGAGGCUUACACCCGUUCAACUCAGCAGGACCUGGUGUACAACGUUUUCUUCUCGGACCUGUUGAAUUCCCUGGUGACAGUAUUUAUUCUCUUCACCUUGGAUCAUUGGUAUGCACUGCUUCAGGAUGUCUGGAAGGUUCCUGAAGUCAGCCGUGUAUUCAGCAGCAUCUAUGUCAUCCUUUGGUUAUUGCUUGGCUCCAUUAUCUUUAGAAAUAUCAUAGUAGCCAUGAUGGUUACUAAUUUUCAGAAUAUCCGGAAUGAGCUGACCGAGGAAAUGACACAUCUGGAGGUUCAACACAAAGCUGACUUAUUCAAGCGGCAGAUUAUUCAGAGGAGACAGAACCUGUCCCCUGAAGCACUGAGGUCAAGUCACAGCAAAAUGGAUACCAGAAAAACCAGUGAACAAAAGGUAUCUUCAGACUUUGAAGCUUCUAGAGAGGAUCAUGCAGAGACUGAAUUCAGUGCUGUAGAAGAAGAACCAGCAGAGACGGAACACAGUGCUACUGAAGAGGAUGUGGCAAAGACUGAAUCAAAAACAAAAAAAUCCAUUCCUCUAAAAACAGAGUACCCAUCUGCUUCUUCUGCCUCCUCUUCUUCUUCCUAUUAUUCCGUGUCUCCAGGAUCCAGAUAUUCUGACACUGCUGAUCAUUUAGACUGGGAGACUCUUGUGCACCAGAAUCUACCUGGGUUAAUGAAUAUGGAUCAGGAUGACCGUGUGGUUUGGCCCAGAGAUUCACUCUUCCGUUAUUUUGAGUUGCUGGAAAAGCUUCAGUAUAACCUAGAGGAGCGUAAGAUAUUGCAACAAUUUGCAGGUAUGGAUUUAGGGCUGUCAGGGGGACUGGGAGUUGUUUUCAUGGGAGUAACAUAUAUAUAUUAUGUUACAUAUAUAACUGGGAAGAAAUGGGAGGGUGUCCACUAUUCUAGCACCUCAGCCUCUCAAUGUCUGCCUUUCACCUGAAAAGGGGAAAUUCUUGGUUUGGUAUGUCACAUUCUGAGUACGUGUCCCAAUUUCCUCUAACAUAGAAAACCUAGAACCUGCUUCUCCAGCAGGGGACACCCAAAUUCUAUGAUGUCUGAGAGCUUGUUCCCUAAGAGAAUAGUGUCCAAUUCCAUUUGGGAAUUAGGACAAGGUGGGUUUUUGCCCUAUUUGGGCAGUCCGUUCCCUUCUGGACAUGUUCCUUCCCUUUUAAGAUCUCAGUUCAGACAUGAGCAAUGGGCUUAGUCUCACAUUGAACAGCUAUAGGGUUUAAAUGAGAAGCAGAAAACCCACAAGUGGUCACUGCUCCAGUCCUCAAAAAAUGUUUAUGAAUUAGACUUCCCAUCAGCCUCUUCUAGUGUCACUCUAGGUAUAGAGAAGUAUAUGGUUUAAAUAGUAGAGUUUGACAUAAGCUAAGAUUUAUCUGCUCAAAAUCAUUUUCCCUAUGUUUCAUGAUAUGGAGAUUAAUUUGAAUUAAUAAAAAUUCCCUCUAAAAGUUAAAAAAAAAAGGCUGGAAGAGUAGGGGCUUUUUAUUUGCAAUUUAAAAUGGAUUAGUGUCCUCUUGAGUUCUCUUCCUCAUACCUUGUUGAAAAUAAUCUAAUGUAAAUUAAAUUAGGAAAGAGGACUCUGUGUGCAUAUGUGUAUGUGGUGAGCAGAGGAGGGCGAUAAGAGAAAUUUAUAACAUUGAGACAUAGAAUUUUGGGUAGGGUGUCAAAGACAAGCUUUGCCCCAUCAAAAUUUACCUGACAUUCAUCCUGCUCUUUCCAGUCAUUUUCCAUCCUGUCUUCCCACUUGUUCUCUGGGGAAAACAGAGUGGAAAAGGAGAGAAGAUAGAAGUUGGCUUCUUUAAUAUUGAUUAACUUGUUUAUGACAAAGAUUGUAGACUCAUAUAGCUUAAUUUAGAGUAAAGAUUAGUCAAUUUGUGUGGGAAUCUAGAACCCAGAAAACCUAGAUCUUCACCAAAUGCUUAUAUGUUCUAAAUAUUCUUAGCUCUCCAGCCUUACAGUCUGCUUCUUUACAGUGCAGGCACUGAUGAGUUUCGAAGACAAGUAAAGCCCUCAAUGGAUGGGCUUCGAUAUGGGAUGACUUCGAUAUCUCUGGGCCCAGCAGAAGAUAAUGAAGGGAAUACUUGGAAAUAGAGAAUUCAAAAUAUAAAUGUCUAAUAAAUACUGCUGUUGAGUUAACUAAUUAACAUAGGGAUACUGAAAGCAUAAGGUCAGACAAAAGAGUUAGUUCAGAUGCCGAUGGAGCCUGUGCUCCUUGCCAUUUCAUUCUCUCUGCAGCUCUUAAGAGGUUUUUCGUUUGUUUGUUUGUUUUUGUUUUUGUUUUUUUAUACAGUGUUGGGGAUUGAACCCAGAGCCUUGUGC